AUGAAGGCCUCCUUCGCCGCAUCGCUGCUCAGCGCCGCCGUCGCGUGCGUGUCGGCCGAGACGAUUGCGCAGAUCAACGGCGAUCAGUACCUGUCGCCGUACAACAACAAGAACGUCACCGACGUCACCGGCCUGGUCACUGCCGUCGGCAGCUCGGGCUUCUGGCUGCGCUCCACCACGCCCGACAAGAAGAGCACUACCUCCGAGGGCCUGUAUGUAUUCGGCAGCAGGGCUACGUCGCUGGUGGCCGUGGGCGACAUUGUGACGCUGGAUGGGUUGGUCAAGGAGUACAGGUCUUCUGCAGACUACCUCUACCUCACCGAGCUCACCCUCCCCGUCAACAUCGUCGUGAAGUCCUCGGGCACGGCGGUCAAGCCCCUCGUCAUUGGCGUCGACACCCCCAAGCCGCCGACCAAGCAGUACUCCAAGCUCGACGGCGGCGACAUCUUCGCCGUCCCCAACGAGGCGUACCGCAUCUCCGUCGAGAACCCCAAGCUGCAGCCCAACACGUACGGCCUCGACUUCUGGGAGAGCCUUGUCGGCGAGCUGGUCACCAUCAAGGAUGCCUACGCCAUCAGCCGUCCCAACAGCUUCGGCGAUGUCUGGGUUCGUGGUGACUGGAAGGUUACCGGCCUGAACGGCCAUGGUGGUUUGACCAUGUUGGAUCGCGAUGCCACCCCUGAGGCCAUCAUCAUCGGUUCCCCCGUCGAUGGCUCCACCAACCCCGAUGACUCCAAGCUGGGCGACUACCUCGGUGACAUCACCGGUGUCGUCUACAACGCUUUUGGUUUCUACCGCAUCCUUCCCCUGACGUCCGUCAAGGUCGAGGAGCCCUCCUCCGCUGAGUUCCCGGCUGUCGGGUUCACCUCCAAGGGCUCCUGCAAGGGCAUCACCGUCGCCGACUACAACGCCGAGAACCUCAACCCGGCAUCGGCGCACCUGCCCCUCGUCGUCGACCAGAUUGUCAACAAGCUGCUCACCCCCGACCUCAUCUUCCUCCAGGAGGUGCAGGACAACACCGGCGCCACCAACAACGGCGUCGUCUCAGCCAACGAGACCCUUGCUGCGCUGGCGACCGGCAUUGAGGAGGCCAGUGGUGUCGAGUAUGCCUUCAUCGACGUCGACCCCGUCAACAACAAAGACGGUGGCCAGCCCGGAGGCAACAUCCGCGUCGCCUACCUGUACCGCCCCGACGCCAUCAAGCUCGUUGACGUCAACCCCGGCAAUGCCACCCAGGCCAACGAGGUCCUCGCUGGCCCCACGCUCAAAUACAACCCAGGCCUGAUCGAUCCCGCCAACUCCUGCUGGUCCGACAGCCGCAAGCCUCUUGUCGCCAUGUGGCAACCCGUCAAGGGCAGCACCACUCCCUUCUUCACUGUCAACGUGCACUUCGGCAGCAAGGGCGGCUCCUCGUCGCUCCACGGCGACCCCCGCCCUCCCGUCAACAAGGGCGUCGAGAAGCGCACUCUCCAGGCUCAAACGACUGCCGAGUUUGUCGCCCAGAUCAGCGCCAUCGACCGCAAGGCUCACAUCAUUGUGGCGGGAGACUUCAACGAAUUCGUGCAGGUUGAGCCCAUGCAGACCUUCCUAGAGACGUCGGGCCUGAUGGACAUGGACGAUGCGGCCAAGAUUUCCGAGGUGGAGCGAUACACGUACCUGUUCGACAUGAACUGCGAGGCUCUCGACCACAUGUUCAUCAGCAAGAACCUGCGAACUGGCGUCAAGUAUGAGCACAUGCACCUCAACACGUGGCAGAACUUUGACGACCAGGUCAGCGAUCACGAUCCCAGUGUUGCGCGCUUCAACCUGUGUUAA